CCCAUCCCCUCUCUUCCCCUCCCACUCCACGCUCUGAGAUCAAGCCUCUCUUCCCCUCUCCGAGCCUUCACUUCAGUCAACAUGGCCACACUUGUAACCUCCACCAGGUUCACAGACGAGUAUCAGCUGUACGAGGAACUCGGAAAGGGGGCCUUCUCCGUCGUCCGCCGCUGCGUCAAGAAGUCCACCGGACAGGAGUAUGCUGCUAAAAUCAUCAAUACCAAAAAGCUCUCCGCCAGAGAUCAUCAGAAACUGGAGCGAGAGGCCAGGAUUUGUCGAAUGCUCAAACAUCCAAACAUAGUGCGACUCCAUGAAAGCAUUGCAGAGGAAGGCUUCCAUUACCUCGUCUUUGACCUCGUCACAGGAGGAGAGCUGUUUGAGGACAUCGUUGCGAGGGAGUACUACAGCGAGGCGGAUGCCAGCCACUGCAUCAAUCAGAUCCUGGAGAGCAUCAGUCACAUCCACCAGCACGAUAUCGUCCACAGAGACCUCAAGCCAGAAAACCUUCUCCUCGCCAGUAAGAUGAAGGGAGCAGCUGUGAAGCUCGCGGAUUUCGGACUUGCCAUCGAGGUGCAGGGGGACCAGCAGGCGUGGUUCGGUUUCGCUGGAACUCCAGGAUAUUUGUCGCCCGAGGUGUUGAGAAAGGAUCCGUACGGCAAGCCGGUGGACAUCUGGGCAUGUGGUGUGAUCCUCUACAUCUUGCUAGUGGGAUACCCUCCAUUUUGGGAUGAGGACCAACACAAACUGUAUCAACAGAUCAAAGCUGGCGCCUAUGAUUUUCCGUCCCCAGAGUGGGACACGGUGACCCCCGAGGCCAAGAAUCUGAUCAAUCAGAUGCUGACCAUUAACCCUGCCAAAAGGAUCACUGCUGACCAGGCCCUCAAGCAUCCAUGGGUCUGUCAACGCUCCACUGUUGCCUCCAUGAUGCACCGUCAAGAAACCGUUGAAUGUCUGCGCAAGUUCAACGCCAGGAGAAAACUUAAGGGAGCUAUUCUCACAACAAUGCUGGUAUCCAGGAAUUUUUCAGUGGGACGGCAGCACACCAGCCCUGCCGCCACCACCAGCACGGCAGCAAUGGCUCAGGAAGCGUGCAAAACCUUACUGAACAAAAAGUCGGACGGCGUGAAGAAAAGGAAGUCCAGCUCAAGUGUUUGUUUGAUGUCGCAGGGAAACAACAGUAAAAACAGUGUAGUAAGCAGCAGCAGCAGCACCAAAGACAGCAGCAUGUCAUCGUCCGCGCCAAUGGAAGCCCAGACAACUGUUGUACACAACCCAACAGACGGCACCAAGGGCUCCACAGAGAGCUGUAAUAACGCCGAAGAGGAGGAGAUGAAAGGUAGGAAAGCUCGGAAACAAGAGAUAAUAAAGAUGACGGAGCAGCUAAUCGAAGCCAUCAACAACGGGGAUUUUGACGCUUACACGAGAAUCUGUGAUCCUGGACUGACUUCUUUUGAGCCAGAAGCUCUUGGAAACCUGGUGGAGGGCAUGGACUUUCACAAAUUCUACUUUGAGAAUCUUCUGAGUAAAAACAGCAAACCGGUCCACACCACCAUCCUCAACCCCCACGUGCAUCUGAUCGGCGAGGACGCCGCCUGCAUCGCCUACAUCCGCCUGACGCAGUACAUGGACGGCCAGGGGCGGCCUCGAUCCUGCCAAUCGGAAGAGACCCGCGUGUGGCAUCGGCGCGACGCCAAGUGGCUCAACGUUCACUUCCACUGUUCAGGAGCACCGGCUGCACCGCUGCAGUGAACGGACAACCCAGGCCCAGGUUUGCCUGAACUCUAAAGCUACUUUUCUCUCCGAGGUCGGAGUGGAGCCUGGAUCCUGGCUGGGACGAGGCUGCACGGGAUACUCAAAAGUGGGGAAAAUAUUACAAUCUUUGAAAAGGAAAAAAAAAGUAACAAAAAAAAAAACACGUAAAAAAAAAAAAAAAUGUUUCAAAAGCUUGAUUGACCAACACCAAUCCAGUCCAUCCCUUACUAGAUGAUGAUGAUGAGGAUGAUGAUGAGGGGCUCAGCUGUUGGGGGGCCCUUGCCUUGCAGACGGUGCAUGCUUCUGAUGGCUACACAGGGGUGAUGCUGUCCUGGUCCUUGUUCUACCGCGGCUUUUUUUUUUCUCCUCCCCCUGCCCUCCUCCCUCCCCCCAGGUCUCGGAUUUGUCUGAUUGUUAGAAAUAUAAAUAUUCAUCACCACUUCAAAAGAUUUCCUGGAGCAGUGGGAAUGUUUGGAAUGAUGUGGUCACUUUGGGCAGAAGCAGAGCAGCUAAGUGUUUACUUUAAUGCAAGUAUUGUUUGUGUUUGAGUUAACUGGGAUAUGGAUGUGCUGGUAAGGUUCAUGGGAAUGAGUGACUAACGUGUGCUUAAUGUCAGGUUGGUUUAGGAGUCGGGUUUUAGCCCCUGCAGUGUUUUAACUCCUCAUGUUACCGAAAGGACCUUUUAGUUUUAGUUUUUUUUUUUUAUAUAUAUAUGUUGAGAGCUUUGUGUUACUUUCUAGUUGAUGGUUAAUUUUUUUUUUUAAAGCAUUCUGGGUUGACUUUUUUCUUUCUUUUUUUUUUUUAAGAAAAAUGGGUGUUAUUUAAUAGAACUGUCUAUAAAGAUAUAUUUAUAUUGAGGAAACUAUGGGGAAAUUAAUUGCUUUGUGGAUGUAGGAAGGGAACUUGUGCAGGAGAUUUAUUUUAGUUUUUAAAAUUUUAAAUUUAAGCUGUAAAUACAAAGAUAUCGCCACAAACAUGCAUGCACACACGCUCACAGUGACCCUCCCCCCCCCCCUGCUCCUAUGAGGUCGAGCUUUUUAGAUGCUCCCCCAUCUGUUUGGUCUGCAAUGAUUCAAUCCGAACACAAGGUGGCAGCGUUGGUGAAAAUCUGAAUCUUGCCUUAAAAUGUCCAAAUCUGAACUUCAAGUAGGCGUUGUGGACGCUCUCUUGGUUUCAUGUUUGUGUGUUUUUAAAGGUAAAGCAUGAUUUCUCCAACUAGCCAUUGGCCUGUACUGUUUUGUUGUUGUUGUUGUUUUGUUUGCACACUUAAAGACUCGAUGCUGUUGCUCUUCUGAAGGAGUGAACCUUUCUGCAACUCCAGGUUACGCUUGCCAAAAAAAAUCUCACCGCCUCACUCUACCUCUGCCCCCUCUUCUCCCAUCAUUGACCUUCACCAAGCGGUCCCGUUGCCAUCGCAACGCCGCAUGACGGAGUCGAACCCGUCUCUUUUUUUUGUUUGUUUUUUUUUUGGUUUGGUCAUGUUCUAAUCUGUAUGUCAUCGGUCUUGGCUCGUUGUACUUCAGUGUGAAGUCCUGCUAAUGUAAAACAGGUUGCAGCAGAGGGAUUUGAUGGGAAGAGGGCUACAACCAGGACCUUCACUGACACUAAUCAGUGGGAUCUGGAACUUUUUUUUUUUCUUUUGAUUUUUUUUUAAAUCAGUCUCUGUUCUAAAUGUUGUGGUCAUAAAUGUUUCGAUGUUUGCAUUUCAAUGUUUCUAGGUUGAAAAUAAAAGGAGCAGGUGACUUUUUUAAAUGAUACGGAAAAGUUGUUAUAUGAACUGUUGUCUCCAGUCUGGAUCACAGCAUGACAGAAGCACACGAGAUCAAAGAUUCCCUCAUCGGAGGGAGGGGUGGGGGGAGGGGAGGACAAGAACGCACAUGUGUGUCUCUGUGUUUGUUCCACGGUGUCGUCCGAGCUGUGUGUGACUCUGUACCAGCAAAUGAGCAAGGCUUGUUGAGUGUCUGUCCUGCGCCAGGCUGCUCCAUGGUAACUCACGCGCUAUAAGUCGACUGACGCUUCUGACCACGACGUCGUGUGUGUGUGUGUGUGUGUGGUCGAGCGAACUUUUAAGAAGAGAAAACCAUCUGUGAGCCUCGCCUUGUUGUACAAACUGCCUGUGCUUCUGUUCGAUCGACGUAUCUGAGAUGCCAUGAAAACUUGUGUCCACUCCUCCACCCUUUUGCACCACCACGCUUUGUAAAUCUGAAUCUGUGUGAUGUUUUCUAUGCUUCCGAGUAACUUGUUUGUGCUGUGGGCACCGGCCUGGUUGUGUGUCGAUGCCACCAAUCUGAAAAUGUAUUUUUUUAUUUUGAUAACAAUCGUAUGUGGGUGAAUUCCCAUGCACCAAUGGGAAGAUUGAAACAAAGGAGGGUAAUAAAAUAAAUAAAGGAAGGUUCAAGCACAUUUAAGAGGUUAGCUUUAGAGUUGAGGGGUGUACUAUGAAGCAAUAAGCAAUACAUUUGAAAACUGAGCAUAAUGAAACCUAAAGGUUAUCACAUUCAUAUAUACGGGUUUUGGAUUAAAGUUAUGUUGUAACCAGCUAAUAAGUAAAAGUCAAAUUUAAAUAUUAGACCAUGUCGAAUAUGUAUACAAUUAGUGAUCGUAAAUUACAAGUGUCACAGUCAGGGCAGAGCUUACGACAAAUGUUAGUUAUUUUAGCUAAUGUUUUAAUCCUUAGAAUAAAAUAUUGAAAGCGGUGAAGUAAAACUGAUUAAGCAAAUUCUAGAUGUGCUGAGGAACUUCAGAUGAAAUUAACAGCUGUAGAUUCAUAUCUACCAUCAAACAAAGCUGAGUGGUGGCGGUACAUGCUGUAGUUUCAUCUUUAAUUGCUGAUGUGAUUCUUCUUAUUUCAAUAAAAGGCAGAAAUAGUCUUUGAAAUUUACUCUGGUCAGACUUGUAGCUCACAAUGAUUAAAUUGAUUUUAAUAACAAAUUAGGAAACUUGUCAAUUGAAAACAUUGCCGAGUGAUGGCUUUUCCCCAAAUUCAAUGAUGCCGUGGUUCAUUUUAUGAUUUUUUUUUCUUGGAUGUUUUACUUGUGAUGAUUUAACUGCACUUGUCAGAUUCUGCUUUUGCUAACUGUCGCUAGUAAGCAUGCAAGAGGGAUGGUCGCUAUCGACUUUGGUAAAGUAAUCAUGUACAUCUUUGAAAUAAGUGCAUAUCGGCUGAUGGUUUGCAGUGACGGGGAACACAUGUCAAAGCAAAAGACACAAAAUAUUUUCUUAUCCAGUAAAACUUUUAUGUUCACAAACAUCACAGUCACCUUGAUGGUCAGACUGUUGACUCCCUUCUUGAAAUAUACUUUGCAGCUGUGCCAUGAGCCAUUUUGUCCCCCCUUUCCUUUUUUUGUAUUUAAAAAUAAAAAGACUAAAAUGUAAUGUUGAACCAUUUCUGAGCGGUGAGGCUACUUGCUCUAAAAUAUUUGCCUUUCACUGUCCAUUUGAUGAUUGUACAGCUACAACGGCACAAGUAAGAGUCCGUUUACGCUAAUGCAAAGUUUCAAGAAACUUAGUUCUUCUGGCUUUAAAAAGAUCAUGACAAACGUGAAUUUAACAGAAAUGGGCAGAGUUGUGGAUGCACUUAUUGUCAACAGUCGACAGAUGGACAGUCGGUCUGGGUUUGUCUUUUGUUUUUCACUGAAUUUUCAGGUUUUUUUUUUCCAGGUAUACUCAGAUUUUUUGUCAAAAAUAUUGAUGCCUCACAGUCGGUGCUUGAAACUGAAAGCCUCAGCACUACGAAACAUUUGUUAGUCUUUUCCCAUCAGUUCAGUCUGGCUGUAUGAAACCUGCUUCGUAGUACAUCGCUUGAACCAGUCUAAGGUGAGACACCAUUUGUCAAAGUAUUUAGAACAACCUUGGUCUUUUACACCAAUUUUACAUUGUUGAAGUUAGUAAAAUCAAAUCCCCAGUAGUCCAAUAUCUUAGGACAACUUUCUUUCCUUUUGGGGCAUAAUGCAAGAUUACUAUAACAUACCAAAUUAUAGCAAGUUUAUCCCCUAAUCUUUAAUUACAGGGAUUAUUUACUGUGAUUUUAAAAAUAAGCGGCGUUUACCCUUUGAGUUUCCCCUCUACUGGUUUCAUUUAAGUGGGGGAGGGAAAAUAAGGUAUCUAAAAUACAAAAAGAUUAUAUAAUAAAGCACAAAAAUCAAAAGGAAAGCUCGAUUUUUACGGUACCUUGUAAGUUUGCCUGCCUAACUCCAGAAACCAACUGGAUAGGACAAGAUGGUGAAAGUGCGCCUGACAAUUCCAGGGUUUUAAUAUAUAAACCUUCAGACCUUUACAAGGUUCAGCAUCAUGUAACUAACCUCCACAUGCACAAAUCCAUCCACCGUAGUUUCCUCCAUGUCGUUAUCUAGGAAACGUGAAGUCAAACAUGAAGGGUAUGCGAAAGAAAGCACGCGAGGAUUUUAAAGGUCUUACUUUUCCUUUUUUUAAAAAAAGGUCAAACUGGUUCAAAUACUUUGGCAAAUGCUGAACAUGCUUUCUUCAAAACUGUAAAGUGAAAUGUGGGAAAACAUGCUACAAACAUCUUGGGGUGGAGGGGUUAGAGUAAAAAGGAAAAAAAAAUCUGAACACUAUAUAUGCAGUUUUACAAAUGGAACAAAUAUGCAUGUAUGUCUACUUUCUGGUAAUUUUUCACUGUUGAUAAAUGGAAAUUUAUUUGCAUCCACCAUGAAAUGGUUGUCUGAUAUAUAAAUAUAAAAGUGUUAUUCCACAUAAAAAAAGGAUUAGCUGAAGCCUUAGCUUAAUUCUGCUCCUUUUAAAGUCAAUAUAUUGCAUUGUGACCUUACAAACAGAAGGGGCUACAUGUGUCUAAAUUCAAAUGGAUGCUGGAUUUUUUUUUGCAUGACUAAAAUAAAAUCCUACAACAAAA